UAUAUCUAUAUAUGGUCUUUAAAAAAUAUGUACAAGUUCAAAUUGUUGCAACUUCAAUCCUUUUGAGAAUUAAGACAUGCGCAUUAAGCAAGAAUCUUAUUUAUUUUAAGUUCUUUUAGUAUAGCUUAAAAUGAUAAUAAAACAAAAAAUAAAUAAAUAAGAGAAAAGAAAAAAAAAGUGGAAAGAGACUAGAAAAUUCCGAAACCUGGAUUGAAUGCAAGGGCAGUGGACUGAUUAUUUCGAGAGAGGAAACAAGCAUUGAGCGUGUGCUUUUACGUCCAAGGACCGGCAACACCUUUCUUCCAUCCUUCUUCCGUCUUUUACGGAGCCAAGAAGAAGAAGAAGAAGAAGAAGUAGAAUUACCACACUACCCAAGAAAACCCCCUACCCAACCAAAAUGAAAAUAAUUAAUAAUAAUAAUAAUAAAAUUUAAAAGAAAAAAAGAAAAAAAAUAAGAAGUCAAACAAUCCUAUUUUGGCCUAUAUAACUCCUCCAUAAUCCCAAACCAUCUUCUUCCCCCCUUUUCUAUUCUUCUUUUCUUUCUGUCUUUCUUUCUCAAAUUCUCUUUUUAUUUUUGAUUGUGAGCGUGUGCACUUUGCUUAAGCUCUGCUUUUGUUGAGUAAAACACAUUCUUCUUUCUCACCCACCAAUGCAAUCAUAUUCAACCCACAUUUCUCCAUUUUAAACCCCCCUCACCAUCAUUCACUUCUCUCUGCUUCACUUUCCCACACCAUCUUCGUUUCAUCUCUCUAGUCUCUCCCCUCCAUUGUGACCAUAAAAAGAACACCCCCCCCAAAACAAAAAAAGAAAAAAAAAAAAAAACUUUUUCUCAUCCUUCCAAUAACAAAGCUAUCAGCUCAAAAUCAAUCUUUUAAGCUUUUGUUUUCAUUUGGUGUCCAUUUUUGGUUCGAUGGAGAAUGACUUCUUUCUGAAUGCGGGAAUCCCACCACCACCUCUUCACUUCGAAUCAGGACCGUCCAUUCCCACUUGGCAUGCAAUCUCGGCCGCUCUUGAAAUUCAACCCACGGAGAUGAAUUGCUCUUCAGAUAGAUCCCCGGAUUGCUUUUACAAUCCAAGCUCCUGGGAUAAUAAUAAUAAUAAGUCAACGGAUCAGAGUAUGCACUUCGAUUCGGCUCUGAGUUCCAUGGUUUCUUCUCCGGCGGCUUCCAAUUCCAACGUCUCUAACGAAAACUUUGUGAUCAGAGAGUUGAUUGGGAAGCUCGGGAACAUUGGCAACUCCGGCGAGAUCUCACCGCAUUCUCAGCCUCUGCUAGGAAGUGGUACUACGAUUCCGGCGAGUUCUUACAUUGGUGGGAAUAACAGUACGAACACUUCCUGUUAUAGCACUCCUCUGAAUUCUCCACCCAAAAUUAACUUGCCCAUGAUGGAUCAUUUAGUCAAAGAGAAAAUACCCAGUUUGGGAAAAUCCAUGCCUUUGAAUUCCACUGUGGCGGAAUUCUCCGCUGAUCCUGGAUUUGCAGAGAGGGCUGCGAGGUUUUCUUGCUUUGGAAGUAGGAGUUUCAAUGGUCGAACUGGUCAGUUGGGUUUGAGUAAUGGUGAACUUCCUUCUAGAUCUAAUACAUUAAUGGUGAAUGGUAAAAUGCCGAGAGUUUCGAGUAGCCCUUCACUUAAAGCACUUGGAUCUCAUAUGGGUAUCCAGGAGAACAAAAAUUCUCCGUUGCAGGAUCGAACUGGAUUGGCCAUUUCUCAAGAGGAAUCCACAGUCUCUGAACAAAACCCAAAUGGGGAAACCGGGAUUAAUGCCACUAACGACACCAAUUCCAGGAAAAGAAAAGCAUCUUCAAAGGGAAAACCAAAGGAUUCUUCCCAAGCUAAGGUUGCUGAAAUUAAUGAGAAUUCAAAUGCAAAGCGUUGCAAAUCAACCGAAGGUAAUGGGAAUGAAAAUGGUACUGUUAAAACAGAGGAAGAAGCAAAAGCAAGUAGUGGUUCUACAGGGGAUGAGAAGCAAACAAAGACCAGCCAAAAACCCCCUGAGCCUCCUAAGGACUACAUUCAUGUUAGAGCAAGAAGAGGUCAAGCUACUGAUAGCCAUAGUCUCGCUGAAAGGGUUCGGAGGGAAAAGAUCAGCGAAAGAAUGAAACUUCUUCAAGAUCUCGUACCCGGUUGCAACAAGGUUACUGGCAAAGCACUUAUGCUUGACGAGAUUAUAAACUAUGUCCAGUCAUUACAACGUCAAGUUGAGUUUCUGUCUAUGAAGUUGGCUUCUGUGAAUACCAGUCUGGAUACCAACAUGGAUAGUCUUAUGUCCAAAGAUAUAUUCCAACCAAACAGCUCUUUGCCACAUCCAAUAUUCUCAGUAGAUUCCUCGGCACCAGCCAUUUAUGGUCACCAGCCCCAGCAAAAUCCAGCACUGCAUAACAACAUUUCUAAUGGGCCAGUGAGCCAUUGCUCAGUGGACCCAUUAGAUUCUGCACUAUGCCAAAAUCUUGGCUUGCAAUUACCUUCACUCAAUGGAUUUACUGAAGCAGUUUCUCAGUAUCAAGCAUUUGCAGAGGAUGAUCUGCAAAGCAUUGUUCAAAUGGGUUUUGGACAAAAUCCAGCAUUGCAAUCUCAAAGCCUUCAUGGUAUAAACCAAGUAUCCCACAUGAAGGUUGAGCUCUGAUGACCCAUUUGGUUUAGAGUGGCUACUGUACAUACAAGGGAGUUAAUUUGGAUGAUUAUCAAAAUGAAGGACUAAGCUAUUUAUCUCUAGGUCAAUUGAAGAAAACCAUUUUUUUUCCUGCUGCCUCAUUUUUAUAUUAUUAUAUUCAAUGUAAUUUUUGUUGUCAAUUUUUUUUUUUUUUUUUUUUGGGGGGAGGUGGGGGAGGAGAGUUUUAUUUAUCCACUGUAAAAUCCCCGGUCCAAAUUCUGUAUUUUGGGUGCAUAAUGUUAAUGCACCUAGUUGUAAGAUACAUUACUAAAUUGCUAAUCUAGAGAAAAAAGAGUUUUCUACCA